UAAUGGGCUUCGUGCGUCUCCGAGCCCGGGAUAGACUUUCAGUAUUGCAUUCGAUCUUGGUCGAACCUGUUGUGCUACUUAUUUCUACAAUUAAUGUUAUUGUUGUUGUUAUCCAAGUACUUUUUUUCUUUUUUUUUUUUUUAAUAUGCAUUCUUUCAUUCGAAGCAACGUUAACUCUUUUAUCGCGUGUAACUAAGGGAACUGAAGUGUGAUAAGGAAUGUUGUAGUUUUUUACUUUUUUAAUUAGUUACAUCGAAUAUAUCUAACAAAAAAAGGGAAUACUAUCUUUUGAUCAUGUACACGUCAUAUAGAUCAGAACACCGAGUAUAUGUCUCUUGAUAUCAAAUUGAACUAUUUGACACCGUUUAUCUCUCUCUAUCUCUCUCUGUCCAUUUUUCAAUGCAAGGAGUAAAGUGAGAAAGAAGGAUUGGUGAAAAGAAGACAACGGUCAAGGGGAAAAGAGGGGAAAAGGAAUUGUGACAGAGCCAACGCAAGCAUCCAUUAGAAUUUAUUUGACAAAGUCCUUUGGAAAUAUGAAUCACAAUUAACCACGAUUAACAAGGAAAAAUCUUCAUUAUUAUUAUAACAUUAUUUUUCUUUGAAACGCAAUGAAACGUCGACAGAUAGUCGAAAGAUACAACAUAAAACUGAGGAAGAGAAUAUAUAAAUAUACAGUGUUCUAUCCUCGGAUUCGAUAAGCAUGUUUUAAACCGGAAAUGUUGCCUAUCGUAUUGCAGAAGAGUGACUCACGUUUCACGUACCACAGAACAGAACAACAGUUACUCCAAUUUAUUACUUUCUAUCUUCUUGUCAUUACGAUCAUAUCGAGAGACGAUCUCUUUCUCAUAAAUUAAGCUCAUAAUUCUCUCUAUUAAAAGGAUUUUUAUUAGAAAAAAAAACAAAAAACAAAAAAAAAUCCAAUACCAAAAUCAAUACUAUGAUGAAUUGAUUUUCUUUGUUAUACGAAUGAAUGUUAAAAUAUCUCAAGAGAAAUGGAGACUAAACCGAUACCAAAACCAAGGUCAAUAAUAACUGAACGUCCUGUACCAGCACCUAGAAAAAUAGGACCACCUGUUUUACCAUUACCAUCGCCACCAACGCCAACUCGUAGCAAAAGUCCUAGCGAAUCGAGUCAAUCGGAAAAAAGUGGUGAUGAGAAUAAAUCAACGACAAGUACGGAAACACGAAAUUCGAGUGAAUUUUUUCGUCAAUUGAGUACGAGUUCUCGUCAAUUGAAAGAUGAAAUCUCAGAGAAGAUGUCGUCAAAGGGACGUGCUGUUAUUUCUAGUACCAAGAAUGCUAGUAUACGUCUUGAGAAAUCGGUGAAAAAUCUGUUAACGCGUAGAUUGACAUCCCUUAAUCAGGAUGAUUUGUUAAAUGACAAUAAUGUCAAUUCGAAAAAGAUAGCUGAUCCUGUAGAAGAUGACAGAUGCGUUUCAAUGCCUACCGAUGAUAUUUUUAGCAGUAUUACCUUUCAUAGUCCAUUUAGUGGUAAUCUGCGUAGUAUCAAAAAUGAGGAAGAUCUUUCCGGACUACGACAUAGUCCACCACCACCGGUAUAUCCGCCACCCCCGCUUCCUGUUGAAUCUAUCUACGACGAAUUAAAUUCAUUUACAUCGACUAGCAGCAGUGGUCGUUAUGAUACUCUCAGUUCAACAAUCUCGGAAAAAGUUGAACGAGAUUUUCCCGAGUCUACUAAUUUCAACAGCUUCAAUUUUCUUCAACGACAGGCCAGUGAUUCGGAUCAAAGUUUAAAUUUGUCCGAUGUAAAUGUUAGUCUUACGAGUGAUAAAUCAGACAUCGAAAGGAAAUUAUCGAGAUCAGAUUCUUGGACAUUUUAUGAUACCACACCACCUGCUAUUAAAUCUGAAACUGUUAAUGAAUUGGAUAGGAUAUCAAGUGCUGAAGAAGAAACUUUGGAACAGGCAAUAAACAUUGAUAGAAGAACAUUUAAAUCAUCUAACACCAGUCUCAUUUCAUUACAAAAUUCUAUUUAUGAAAAUUGCAUAUCACCAAAGAGUAAAGAUGAUCAAGUAUUGGAAUCAAUGUUCUCAGAUGUAAGACAACAAAGUAGUAAUAAAUCUUUACUCUUCGAAUUUGAUCCAUUUGCUAACAAGGCAUCUGAAGAAAACCUUUACAGUAAUUUUGAGAACAACGAUUUGAUGUUGUUAGAAGCACUUUUAGCAAAUAAUGAUUCAUCGAGUAAUGCUGGAAGUACAUUAGAUUUGCACGAAGAUAACGAAGACGAGGAACCAACGGAAUUAGAAGAGAAAAAAUUGCAAGACUCUAUGACACCUCCAGAACCACCUAAGAGAUUUGAUUCUCUUCCAAAAAAUGAAUACGACGAGGUUGAAACAGGUAAAAAUCCAGCAUUGUUACCAAAGCUUGCUCAAAUGACAAGAAGAAAACAACCAGCUGUACCACCUAGAAAAUCAUCGACCAAAAUUCUUACUGAUACUUCAACAACAAGUGCUCAAUCUAAAACAACAGAAUCUACGAUGGCUACAGGAAAACUCGUUGAUGAAACAACAUCUAAUUCUUUUCCAAUGGUUAAAACAAGCACCGAUGAUACGAAGAAAAUCAGUGUCAUUCAAAAAUUGAAAAAAUUGAGUCAAGAUUCAACGAGUAAUGUGAUCAAACCUAACGUGAUGAGUUUUGUUAGAAAUAGUAGUAAAUUGUUAUCUAGAAAUCGUGAUCAAGACAACAGUUCUAGUGAUCAUAGUUCAAGACAAUUAAAAAUGGAUAGACCUAAGUGUAAACUUUCUCAAUGUGCUUCCACUCAUAGAGGGAUUGUUUAUAAAACUGGAGUUGGUAUAGAAAGAGCGAAGGAUUUAGUUCAAAGAGCUGCUAUUUUAACAGAUCAAAAGUUAUUUUUUUACACUGACAAAAGUAUGUCUACUCUGAAAGAAACCAUUCAUCUUGAAACUGUUUAUAGUAUUCAUCUUUUGCAAGAUGUUAAAAUAGUCGAUGGUGAAACAGUACAUUGUAUAGCUAUCAGUUGUGAGACUAGACCCCAUAUAUAUAUAUUCUAUGCAAAGGGUAUAUCAGAGAGAAGAAUUUGGGCUCAAAAAAUCUUAGAAGCAAUGACAACGGUUUUUCCUAUUAAAUACACAGCCGAUCUUACUAGAGCCGGUUCGGUUUACUUAAAGGAAGGAAUAACUGGUACAUGGUUUCCUGCUUGGGUUCUUCUUCAAAAAAGGACGUUGGUUUAUACGAAAUCUUUGGAGCCUGUAGUUUUGGAAUAUUUAGAUUUACGGAAAGCACGUUGUAUUGUGCUGCGGGAACAAGAAGGACCGAAUCGAGAUAAUGGGUGUAUUCCUGUUGUGGUUGUUGACACUGGUGGUUCCGGUGCUUUACAUAUAGCAACAUUUGGUACAAAAGAAGCUCCAGCAUGGAGACAUGCUUUGUAUCAAGCUGCUACUGACUGUGGUCCAGCAUUACAUCAACAACAAAUUACACAAGACAAUGUUCCUGUUAUUCUUGACAAAUGCAUCAACUUUAUUUCCACGCAUGGUAUAAUGACUGAAGGAAUUUAUCGUCGCAGUGGAUCUAGCAGUGCUGUGAUCAGAUUAUUGGAAGCUUUUAGAAGAGAUGCCUGGGCUAUACAAAUUACACGUGGAUCUUACAGUGAACACGAUGUUGCUACGGUCCUUAGAAGAUUCCUUCGAGAUUUACCUGAAUCCUUAUUUCCUGCUAGUAUACACGAUUCCCUUUGUCAAAGCUCAGAGCUAACCAACGAAGAUGAAAGGAUAAAAGCCUAUAGAAAUUUAUUAACAAAGUUAGAUUCAAUAACUUCAGCAACGAUACGUCGAAUUCUAGCUCAUCUUCAUUAUCUUAGCCAACAAAGUUCUCGAAACUUAAUGACUGUUGAGAAUCUCUCUGCCAUUUGGGGACCUACUUUAAUGCACGCCGGAGAAAAUAGUGCUGAAGAUUGGAACAGAGAAGAGACUAAAGUAAUCAGCGAUUUGAUACAUUUAUUUCCAAAGUUAUAUCAAUUGUCGCAUGCCGAUUUAGCCAAGGAAGCUAAAAUCUUAGAAGUACUUGAGAAACAUCACGUUUCAAACAAUGGACUUCGUGGUGCACCGUCUGGCGAUUUAAAAAUUUGGAUAUACCUCAUUUCCAGAGAAGGAGAAUGCGUUAACGUUACCAUUGGUGCACAAAAGACAGCUUUCGAUAUCUGUCGAGAAUUAUCAGAGAAAGCUAAUCUACCAGCUCAUGAAUUAUGUUUAGAAGAAUAUGCACUUUCUGGUGCAUUGAAAAGACCAUUGCAUCAUAAUGAACGGGUUUUAGAAACAGUUGCGAGAUGGGGCUAUUGGGAUUCAGAUGAUAGGAAAGAUAAUAUCUUAAUUUUAAAGAAGGAUAGCCUAUACAAGGAUAUUGUUCCUUUGGUCAAGCCACCCAUGACAAUAUCAGGUGAACUGAAAUUUGCAGAUGUUAAGUCAAAAAAUUUUAAAACUUAUCUAUUUGAAUUUAGUCAAGCAAAGUUGUAUUGUUACAAAGAUAAAGUUUGUUCGACUAAAUUACACGAAUGGAAAAUUGAAGAUGUUAUUUGGUAUUUAGGCCAUGAAUCCAAACGUAAUCCACAAAUGGGCUGGACCAUCACAUUUAUACUAAGAAAUAAAAAACCAACAAGAUGCAAGGAAAAUCCUUUUUUCGGUAAUAUUUUAGCAGGUACGUCUAAAGACGAACAAUAUAAAUGGAUGGCUGCUAUGAUUUUUGGAGAAUUCCAAACGAAUCUACGACCAUCUGCUGUAAAUUUAAUGGACUUAUAAAAUGUUAACUAAUAAUAUAGAGAUGUUUAGAUGUUUGUAAAUUACAGGGUGUCAUACAGUAAUAAUUUACUGCCAUUUGAAAUGUUUUUAAAUGAGAGCUUAGACUUCUUAGACUUUGACAAUAAAAUUAUAUUAUAAAUGUAACACGACGUGUUACAUUUAUAUUGAAAUAUA